AUGGCAUUCGUCGAACAUUCUGGGAAGCAAAUUAUUCCUCUCUGGAUUGGUGGCGCCUCUCGACCGCUGGAACCAUCACGGUUCCUCGAAGUCGUAAAUGCUCGCGACUCAAAAGUCGUACAUUACGCCCAAGGUGCUGAUGCGACAGACGCCCAAGCAGCUGUCGACGCCGCGGCCGAAGCAUUCAAGACUUGGAGGUACACUCGCCAUAAUGAACGACGCGAGACAUUGCUGAAGGCAGCUGCAAUCAUGGACGAGAAGAGUGAAGAACUGGCCGCCGCCCAGGUCCUGGAGACAUCCUGCACCUGGGGAUACGCUCGCUUCAUGCCCGUGCUCGCCAGCGGCGUACUCCGUGAGAUCGCAGGCAACAUCACCACGGCUCUGACCGGAACUCUACCGCCGAUGGAUGUUGAGGGGUACGGACUUGUCAUGAAAGAGCCUAUCGGACCCGUGCUGUGCAUCCCUCCAUGGAACAGCCCAGCUGUUCUUGGCGGGCGAGGAAUUGCUUCUGCCCUCGCUGCUGGUUGUACCGUUGUGCUCAAGGCUUCAGAAGUCUGCCCGUGGACCUACCGCAUUCUCGUCGACAUCUUUGAACAAGCUGGAUUGCCCAAAGGAUGUCUGAACCAGGUGCAGUGUGGACGAGAGCAAGCUGCAGCUGUGACGGAAGCCUUGAUCAGCCACCGCGACAUCCGCAAGAUCGAAUUCAUUGGGAGUGCCGCAGUAGGCAGCAUGAUUGCGCAGACCGCCGCCAAACAUCUGAAGCCGAUCUGGCUGGAGCUGGGAGGAAAAGGACCCGCCAUCGUCCUUCAAGAUGCACACCUUUCUAGGGCUGCGAAGCUCUGCGCUUUUGGCGCCUUCCUUCACCACGGGCAGAUCUGUUUCUCGACCGAACGAAUCAUUGUUGUGCAAAGCGUCGCUGACAAAUUCUGCCGCAUCCUCAAAGAGGAGGUAGAUGCCCACUAUACAGGUGAGGCUGGAGCUGCCGCGUUGAAGUCGGGAGCGGACAAUGCACACACCAUGAUUGAGUCGGCUGUUCAGAACGGCGCGAAACUCCUUGCUGGUGACAAUACCUGGCUGGAUGAUGGCCACACUUCUCUUCGACCCACCAUCAUCACAGGUGUCAGUCGAGACGACAAGAUCCGAGACCACGAAACCUUUGGUCCUUCGGCGUCACUGUACGUCGUCGAUGGGGAGGACGAGGCAAUUUCCCUCGCCAACGACUCUGCGUACGGCCUGAACGCUACAGUCUGGACAAGCGACACCAUGAAGGCUCUUGACUUGUCGCGUAAGUUUGAGUACGGCCAAGUCCAUGUCAACACCACCACGGUCAACGACCCCGCGACUGUUCCCGUCUCGGGCGUCAAAGGCAGCGGUUGGGGCGACAACAAUGCCGCAUAUGGAAUCUCCGAGUUCUUGGUCAACAAGACAGUGACUUUGCAUCGGGCUGAUGAGCCCAUAGCGUUUGGUCGUUGA